AUGGCCUCCGCCGCCGUGCUCCGGGGCGGCUCCCGCCGCGUCCUCGCCUACCCGACCCUCCGCGCCGCCGUGAUCUCCGGCCCCGCCGCGCUCCCGGACGCGGCCGCGCCCCAGCCGCCGCCGCCGAUGGCCGCGGGCCUCUGGGCGCGGUCCAUGGCCACCUUCACCCGCACGAAGCCCCACGUGAACGUCGGCACCAUCGGCCACGUCGACCACGGCAAGACCACGCUCACCGCCGCCAUAACCAAGGUGCUGUCGGAGUCGGGGAACGCCAAGUCCAUCGCGUUCGAGGAGAUCGACAAGGCUCCGGAGGAGAAGGCCAGAGGAAUCACCAUCUCAACGGCUCAUGUGGAGUACGAGACCGCUAAAAGGCAUUAUGCUCACGUGGACUGCCCAGGUCACGCUGAUUAUGUCAAGAACAUGAUCACCGGAGCUGCUCAAAUGGAUGGUGGUAUUCUCGUCGUGUCAGCUCCCGAUGGCCCAAUGCCCCAAACGAAGGAGCAUAUUCUUCUAGCUAGACAGGUUGGCGUGCCAUCACUUGUUUGUUUUCUGAACAAAGUUGAUGUUGUUGAAGAUGAAGAGUUACUAGAACUUGUGGAGAUGGAGCUUCGUGAGCUCCUCAGUUUCUACAAGUUCCCUGGUGAUGAGAUUCCUAUCGUCCGUGGAUCUGCGUUGCACGCCUUGAACGGAACAAAUGACGAGAUUGGAAAGAAUGCUAUUUUGAAACUGAUGGAUGAGGUUGACCGGUACAUCCCGGAUCCUGUUAGGGUGCUUGACAAGCAUUUCUUGAUGCCAAUUGAAGAUGUUUUCUCAAUUCAGGGCCGUGGUACUGUUGUGACUGGACGUAUCGAACAAGGGAUGAUUAAAACUGGCGAGGACGUUGAGAUCUUAGGUUUAACAGAGACUGGUCCUGUGAAGACUACAGUUACUGGUGUUGAGAUGUUCAAAAAGAUGUUGGAUCAUGGAGAGGCUGGUGACAAUGUUGGUCUUCUUCUCCGUGGUCUUAAGCGUGGUGAUGUACAACGUGGCCAGGUCGUUUGCAAACCUGGUUGUUUGAAGACUUACAAGAAGUUUGAGGCAGAAAUUUACGUCCUGACAAAGGAUGAAGGUGGUCGCCACACUGCCUUCAUGUCAAACUACAGCCCACAGUUCUACUUCAGAACUGCUGAUAUCACUGGAAAAAUUGAGUUGCCUGAGCCCGUGAAGAUGGUUUUGCCUGGUGACAACGUAACUGCAAUUUUUGAGUUGAUAUCGCCUAUUCCACUUGAACCAGGGCAAAGAUUCGCCCUGAGGGAAGGAGGGAGAACCGUCGGUGCCGGAGUUGUUGCCAAAGUCAUGAGCUAAUAAUCUGUUUCCUCCUUUUUUUACGGCGUAGUUAUUUUAGUAGACAAAAGGAUGUUGAUAUGAAAGAUUUGUCGGACAAGAAAACACGAGAUAACGAGAGACGUCGAGAGCAAGGGGAACCAGUAUGCAUCUUGUUUGGAAUGCAUUUGGCCAGCUGCCAUGGAUGUGGUCAGUUGGCAUUCUGGAAAUUUCUUUUGUCUUCAUGUUGGGUAGUUUGCUGUAUAACACCGCAGCUUGUUACCUUGACACGCUUCUCAGGCAUAUAUUAGCUCGGUGAUUCAAUAAUUGACCGUCUCUAGUUUCUUAA